AUGCCUAUCCCUGUCCCCAAAGCCGAAAGCUUGAAGGAGCUCCUCAGCCUUAAGGGCAAGGUCGUCGUGGUCACCGGUGCUUCCGGCCCCCGUGGAAUGGGUAUCGAGGCUGCUCGUGGCUGCGCUGAAAUGGGCGCGGACGUCGCUAUCACCUACUCCUCUCGAGCCGAGGGCGGCGAGAAGAACGCCAAGGAGCUCGGGGAGCAAUACGGUGUCAAGGCCAAGGCCUAUAAAUGUGACGUGGGAAGCUGGGAGAGCGUGGACAACUUCGUCAAGACCGUCAUUAAGGACUUCGGCAAGAUUGACGCCUUUGUCGCCAACGCCGGGCGCACAGCCAGCAGCGGUGUCCUUGAUGGCUCCGUGAAGGACUGGGAAGAAGUUAUCCAGACCGAUUUGACUGGAACUUUCCACUGCGCCAAGGCUGUCGGAGCCCACUUCAAGGAGCGGGGCACCGGUAGCUUCGUCAUUACCUCCUCCAUGUCCGGCCACAUCGCCAACUUCCCCCAGGAACAGACCUCCUACAACGUGGCCAAGGCGGGCUGUAUCCACAUGGCACGAUCGCUCGCCAACGAGUGGCGCGAUUUUGCCCGCGUCAACAGCAUUUCUCCCGGUUACAUCGACACUGGAUUGUCUGACUUUGUCGACCAGAAAAUUCAGGAUCUGUGGAACUCGAUGAUCCCCAUGGGCCGCAACGGUCAAGCCAAGGAGCUGAAGGGCGCCUACGUUUAUCUGUGCAGCGACGCUAGCACCUACAUGACCGGAAACGACUUGCGCAUCGACGGUGGAUACUGCGUGAGGUAA